GCAGAAAUACUUUUUUAGUUUGUUUUGACUUUUGCGCAUGCUCAGAUAUCAAUAAAUAGGUGUUGAGAAACAAAAUAAACCAAGAGCUAAGCUAUAUCAUGAACACUCACACACACAAGCAAGCUAAGUGUCAUAUCGAUUUUUCUGUCUUCGCUCUGAAUAGUAUCUCAGUUGUGUCUGCUCGAUCAAAAAACUCCAUAAUCAAGGAUAAAAACUGUAAAGUUGUGGCUUAAGUUAUUUAUCUCCUUAUCAUAAGUGAAUUAAUAUUUCUCCGUCGUGAUUGAGUAAUCAACAAAUGAUGCAAAGGCGAUUUAAAUGGGUGUCGCAUAAUAAGUUUUUGGUAGGCAGUGGUGACGGUGGAAAUAAGAAGCCCCAUGCAAGGAAUCCCAAUUUUGAUUCAGAAGAGACAAAGUUACUUAUACAAUUGUGGGGUGAUCCUCAAGUUCAAAGAACUCUCAUAACAAUUCAUAAGAAACAUCCAGUGAUUGCGAAAAUUGCUGAGCGAAUGCGUUCGCAUGGUUACAAUCGAAGUACCGAGGAAAUUAACACUCGAAUAAAGAAUUUAAAGUGUUUAUAUAAUCGAAUUAAGAAAGAUCUCGAAUCAGGAUUGCUAAACGAACCGAGUUGGAAACAUUACGGUGCAAUGGAUGAAAUUUUAAGUCGACCUGUUUUCGGCAAUUCAAAUAAAGUUCCAACAGGAGCGAAUAAAAUUGUCAUAUCACCGAUGCCAACAUCAACAAAUUCUAGUCCACCGCCACUUGAAGGGCCAUUCUCGAAUCUCGGAAGUCCGUUUCAAAUCAAAGAAGAAGACGUUUCAGAUGAAAACAAUGUCGAAGAGUCAAUGGAUUUUGAAGGUAGUGAAUUACGUCCUGAAGAUCUAUUAAGCGUCAUUGAUGAUGAAGAACAGAAUGAAAUUCAAGUUAAAUCAGAGCCAAUUGAAGUUGAUAGUGCGAAAGUUUCAGGAGAGAAAGAAAUAUCAGAUUCGGCGGUAGCCGAUUCAUCGACUGAUCCCGGAAUGAAAGAAGGAAUUGUCGUGCCAGUUUCUCUACCUUCGUGUACUAUAAUAAACCCAACAAUGACCAAAAAUAUUAUAAAUUAUUCAAACGACUCGUUAAGUAUAGCAUCGGUGGUGUCAGGAUCACAACAAUUAUCACAUCCCCAGCCACAAACGCAAGCUCAACCAAUUCCAAUAUCUCCAAAGAACGCUUCACAUGCGUCAAAUAAAAUUAGUUUAGUUCCAACGAAACUUCUCUUAAAAUCUUCUACAGUUAAUAAUUAUAAAGCAACACCCACGAUAGUCUACAGCAGUGUACAAUCAUCAACAUCAGUUGCUGGAACUAUCACGACAAAUGCACAAAGUUCAAUUCCAAUGAAGUUUGUUGUUGUUAAUGCUGUGAAUAACAAUGCAAAUGCUCAGCAAACUGUGGUACAAAAGUCACAACAAAUCACAUUAAAUAAGUCGUUAAGUCAACUUCAACAAUCACAGAAUUCAGCUUUUCUGGCUAAUAAAUUUAUUGGAAGUACGCAAGGUCAGAAAGUUCAAAUUGUACAAACAACAAACUUCAAUUCUGUACCAAAAGUCUCAACAACUGUUACGAAUGGUGAUAUGAACAGUAGUAAAGGAAAUCAGAAGCUUCUAGGGACUAAAUUACCAGCUAUUCGAAACCUAUUGACAAACAUCGUUGAAAUUGAGAAUCAAAGGCUUGAAAUUGAAAAACAACGUUUUGAAUAUGAGAAAAGUGUCGGCAAUGAACUUUUAUCAAUGCUUAAAAGUUUCAUUUCUUCAUCUCAAUCAACAACUUGUGAAAGUAAUCUUCAAGAUGCCAAGGAAAAGUCACUUGUCGAUUAAAACUUCUUCAAUUAUAAUAUUAAAAGUUCUGUGAAUUUUUUUUAAUUUAUUUUCCACUAAAAUUCUUGUCAAUAGAUUUUUAAAACUCAUAAACGAAGUGAUAAAUUUUUGUCAUAGAAAUUAAGAACGAAAAGAAAGUAUGAACAUGUGUGAUUGAUUAUUAAUAAAAAAUUAAUUAAGUGACACAAAAAAACCGAAUUAUGCAAAUGAAAUUGAUUUUUCAUCAUCUAAUGAUGGUGGUGGAGUUGUAGGUAAUGGAGGUGGAAUAUCAGAAUCAUCAGCUACAACCUUAUUAAGUUGAUUGCGAUGUUUAUCUACGCGAUUCCAAACAUCGUCUUCUUCACUAUCGGAACUCAUUGUUAUCGAGUCAGGUCGCGAAAUUAUUUGUGUUUCACUAUGAAAUGAUAUUUUCUUAGGCACUGGACUGACAGAACUUUCUGUUGACUUCAAAAUGGAUUUGGGUGCGAGAAGAUUAUCGUUUGUUGUUUCUUCAUCUUCUGCUUUAAUAUCAACAAU